GAACAAAGUUUCGAAAAUGCUUCAGCUGGGGAAAUCAUGCCACAAAUAACCCAGCCUUUUAGCAUACAAAAGUACCUUACCCUCGCACAUUUCCCCUUCAGAAAGCUGGGAAUAUCUCUCUCAAACAACAGCUACUCUUCACAGCGCUCACUAAUCUCUCUCUGUCAAUUCAAUGCUUUAGUUCACUCAACGACCAUUUGGCGCUGUUGUGUACCUUUUUCGAAGUCGACAACUUCGUGUGUGAUUCGUAGCUAACGGUAUAUGCACGAAACGGGCUUAAACGAAGGUCUGAAUUGUGGCAGCGCCCGUUUUUGGCGAAUUUUCGUGUCAGUUCACGUUCGAUAUUUGUGUUGUUUGGUCGCGGCUAACGGGCGCACGAAAAUCAAAACGAAACGAAGCAGCGCAACGGAACGGAACGAACGACGCGUCGCGCUUUUCUCCAUUAAUGAAAUAUCCUCAACAAUGGCUGUGCGCGCACGUGUGUGUGUGAGUGUGUGUGCAUAUGUACAUGAGGCUUAAGCACUUCCAGUUGUUGCACAAAACAGAAACAGCAGCAACAAUUCAAUUUUGACCACAGGACAACAACAGCAAACGGAAGUCAAAAUCAGCCGCAGCCGCAGCCAAGUUUAAGUGUUUGCCAAGUGUGCGAUUUAUGUAUGUGUGCUCGAGCGUGUUUUUUGUAUAGCAUACGUCACGGGCGCCAUCAAGUCCCAACUUGCAAACGGCGCUGCCUACUGCCAGGCAGCCGCCAAUAAAUAAAUAAAAUUAAAGGCAAAAUAUAGAAGAAAUUUGGGCAAAAUACAAAAGUCUGCCAAAAGUUUUCCAGUUCAAAGUGCGUUUAAGUCCAUGUGUUGUGCAAGCGAAAUAAAGAACUAGUCAAAGGCCAGGAUUCUUCUUCUUCGAACGCCAUGCGAGGCGCCAGCUGCUUGAAAAGCCAGCGUCAGAGGCGUUGAGCACGUGAGAGCCUUGAAAAAAUGUCCGCUUGCAUGACAAUUGUAGCGUGGAGGCAUUCAGACAACGCAGCAGACAGCAGCGCCGUUGAGCGCAGCGUACGUGAAGUGUAUGCCAAGAACUUGAGGCAAGUAGGAGAAUAUAAGAAGCCACAGGAACAACAACAACAGGCGUGGCAAGGACACUAAGCCACAUGCAGCGCACAGAGCACGAGGCUUAGCACCUGCAGCAGCUCAACGCAGACAGAAGAGCAACGCACGGAAUAACUAAUUCGCUUCAGCUGCCAAUUAAAAUAAAAAACAAAGAAAUUUUCGCUAAAAACACAAACAAGAAAGAUUCAGGCCACGCCACAAACAGUUGUUGUUGCGGUCAAUUACAGCAACAGACAGCAGCAACAGCAACUACUUUAACGACAGCAACAACAUUGCAACAACGCCAUUUUGACCAAUAUUAAUAAUGGAAAUGUUGCUGCUAUUGAAGCAACAACUGCCGCCAACAACAGCAACUGCAGCAAGCUCAACAACAACACUCACGAGAGCGCGAAGAAAACCAUUAGGAGCUGAAUCUCAGCUGCUCUUAUUUCUACUGUUGCUGCUUGGUAUUGCAUGCCACAGCAGCAGCGGAGCUGGCAUCAGCUACAGUACCAACAGCAACAACAGCUCGGCCAAUCGCAGCGUGGCAGCUGGGAGCAGUGGCGGUCUCGUAUUGAUUGGCUCCAGCAGCGUUGCGAGCAACAGCACAGGAUCCACUGCGAAUGCGGCCACAGUCAGUGCUGUGCCCUCAUUAUCGCUCACUUCAUCAUCCUCGGCGGCCUCAUCGUAUGCCACCUCGACUAGCAGCAGCAGUAGCACUAGUAGCAGCACUAGUAGCAGCAGCAGCAGUAGUUCAUCAUCGGCGAACCGCAGCAGUCGACUAACUAGCAACAGCAACAGCAACAACAUAAAUCAUGAUCAAUUACCCGCACAGCUCUCAUCGCGCAUCAUCCACACACGCAAUGGCGCCAUCUCGGGCGUAAUUGUCCAAUUAGAUGGGCGACAUUUGGAUCCGGUUGAGGCGUAUCGUGGGAUACCCUACGCCUCGCCGCCAGUUGGCAAUUUGCGUUUCAUGCCGCCCGUCUCGGCGGCCAUGUGGUCGGGCGUCAAAAAGGCGGACAGAUUCAGCCCCGUCUGUCCGCAGCGACUGCCGGACAUACACAAUGAGACCGCUGCGAUGGAGCGCAUGCCCAAGGGUCGUUUGGAGUAUCUAAAGCGCUUGCUGCCCUAUCUGCAAAAUCAAUCAGAGGAUUGUCUUUAUCUAAAUAUUUAUGUGCCCAUACAAGUUGGCUCUCGGGACUCAACAACCAGCAGUGGCAGCUCUACUGGCGGCAAUUCUGGCAGCUCCUCCUCCUCCUCGUCAUCAUCAUCAUCUUCAUCUUCAUCUUCAUCUUCAUCUUCGUCAUCGACUGGUGGUACGAGCAAGUAUCCGGUGCUAGUAUUUGUCCAUGGCGAAUCGUACGAGUGGAACAGCGGCAAUCCCUAUGACGGCUCGGUGCUGGCCAGCUAUGGACAAAUAUUGGUGGUGACCAUAAAUUAUCGCCUCGGAGUACUCGGAUUUCUGAAUGCCAACACGGAUCGCUAUUCGAAGCUUCCAGCAAAUUACGGUUUAAUGGACAUCAUUGCGGCCCUGCAUUGGCUAAAAGAGAACAUUGCGGCAUUUGGCGGGGAUCCGAAUAGCAUAACCCUAGCAGGACAUGGUACUGGUGCGGCCUGUGUCCACUUUCUGAUAUCAUCAAUGGCGGUGCCGGAGGGUCUGCUCUUUAAUCGGGCCAUGCUCAUGUCCGGAUCAGGGCUGGCGCCAUGGUCUCUGGUCAGCAAUCCCGCCAAGUAUGCGGCAAUCGUGGCGCAUCACGUCAACUGCGCCUCGGACUUGCCUCACGCCCAUCUGAUGAAGUGCCUUCGUGAAAAGACGCUCGAGCAGCUUCUCAGCGUGCCCAUACGCCCGCCAGAAUUCGGUUUCGCCUUUGGCCCCAGCAUUGAUGGCGUCGUCAUCGAUGGCGGCGACUAUGUGCCGCCCCCGCCGGGCUCCCCGGCCGCCCAAGCACAGGCCCAGGCCUCUACGGCCGCUGGCAACGGUCUGGGCGGAGAAGCAGGCAUUGCGGCAGCCGGCGGCUGGGGCACACCUGGACAACUGGAGAAUAUAGUAUUAAUGAGAAAAACAGCCAUUAACAAGUUGUCAAGAUACGACCUGAUGGCUGGCGUGACACGUGCCGAAUCCUUUUUCAGCUUCAAUUCCGGCGACGUGCAAUAUGGCAUCGAGGCGGAUCGACGCUCCCGUAUUUUAAAGGCCUACGUUCGGAACACGUACACAUUCCAUUUGAACGAGAUAUUCGCCACGAUUGUCAAUGAAUACACAGACUGGGAGAGGCCGGUGCAGCAUCCAAUUAAUAUCCGAGACGAGACCUUGGAGGCCUUGAGUGAUGCUCAAGUUGUGGCUCCUGCGGCACAAACUGUCGACUUGCAUUCGGCAGAUCAUCGCAAUUCGUAUCUAUAUGUGUUCGACUAUCAGACACGUUUCGGCGACUAUCCACAGCGUCAGGGCUGCAUUCAUGGCGAGGACUUGCCCUAUAUCUUUGGUGCACCGCUCGUCGGUGGUUUGAACCAUUUCACUCGCAACUAUACUAAAACCGAAAUCAGUCUAUCGGAAAUCGUAAUGUUUUACUGGUCGAACUUUGUGCGCACUGGCAAUCCCAAUGAGCAAAUGGAGACUGAACAUGGCAGCCGGCAGGAACGCAGUCGCUACAAAACCAUCGAAUGGACGGCCUACGAGAGUGUGCACAAAAAAUAUUUGAAUUUUGACACCAAGCCAAAACUAAAGAAUCAUUAUCGCGCUCAUCGCCUGUCUUUCUGGCUGAACCUUAUACCGGAUCUGCACAAGCCGGGCGGGGACAACGUGCCCGCUGCUCAUCAUCAGCUGCACGACGAUGACGACGAGCUGGACAACAACAUUGCCAACGAUGCCUCGGUUAAGCCCCUCAAUCCCUCUUAUACAUCCAGAGGAGCAAAUGCCGCAGCCAUGGGCAACUAUACGAUAUUCACGAACCAGGUCUUCUCACUGCUGAAUCUCAGUUCACCUUCGUCCUCGCUGCAGCGUAAUGGUACUCGCUAUGGCGGCGGCAAGAUCUAUCCAGAUGAUAUUCUGGAUGCGGAGCAUGCGGCUGGUGGGGCGGCCAGUGCUUCGCAGGAUAGCGACGGCUUUGCGGCUUAUUCAACGGCGCUGAGCGUGACCAUUGCAAUUGGCUGCUCUCUGCUGAUUCUCAAUGUGCUGAUCUUCGCGGGCGUCUACUAUCAGCGGGAUAAGACGCGGCUAAGUGAGCCGCGCAACCAAACGAAACUGAAGCGCCAGGAGAAUGGCCAAAUACCUAACAACAUCUGCGGCGAUCUGGAGACCCUGACUAUCCACGCAAAGAGCGAUCCGGCUACCAUAUUAUCGCAUCAUCAUGCCAUGCAGCAUCAUCAGCUGCCGCCACCGGAAUUUGCAGACAUACCGCAUCGUGCACCGCCGCCUCCGAAACACAUGAAGUCCUCGCUGCAGGAUGCAGGCCAAGUAGGCGGCGGCGGAGGCAUGUUGCCGCCGCCACAUGCGCUGCAAGUGCUGGGCAAUCAGUGCGGUACUCUGACCAAAAAAAGCUGCAUGAAACAAACGCAGGCCGCACAGCAACAGCAGCAGCAGCAUCAACAACAGCAGCAGCAACACUCGCCCGCACAGCAGCAACACGUAGUAACGCAUCAGCAACAUAUGCAGAAUCAUCAUAAUCAAAGCAUGACCACCGUGCUGACCACUGCUGGCGGGCUAAUACCUGUGCCCCAACCACCCACAGUGCCCGUAAUUGUGGCAACCACAACGCAGCAGCACGCACAACAGCAACAGUCGCAACAGCAGCAGCAGCAACAGCAGCAACAUCCGCUGAUGGAUGAGCUGCGUGUGUGACAUUAAUUGACGGUGCGUUUCAAAUGUGAUCUUUAAGCAAAGAUCCUCUAAGCGCACAGUCCAAACAACUAUUUCAAGCUGAGUGUGUAUGUCUGUG